AUGUCUCCAGGACUAGAGUGCAACUCUGAUCUGACAGGACCUGCCUUUACCUACACAGAGGUCCCGUUAGAAUCCCCACAUUCAACUACUCGCAUGAUACGCCUUCUGCCGAAUAAAGAUAAUGAUACGGAAAUUGAAUGCGAACUCUUCAACUAUGACUUAACAUCAGGCAGCGGCGCGGAUUCGCACCUCUACGAGGCACUUUCCUACGAUGAUCUGAACGAGAAGACCGAGCAGAUCCCACUUAUGCGGACGAUAUAUGCACAGGCCCAACAUGUCACUGUUUGGCUUGAAGAGGCUUAUGAAGAUGGUGAUAAAGCGCUUGAAGGACUCCAGUGCCUGGCGGAAGGACAAGAUAUUGAUAUUGAGGGGUGUGGAAAAUUAUGCGUGGAUCUGUUUCGAAGAGCUUGGUUUCGUCGUAUUUGGGUACUUCAGGAAGUUGGCGUCGCACGACAUAUCUAUAUCAUGUGUGGCUUUGCACAGAUAAAUGAACAUGCCUUCUGCGAAGGUCUGAAGAGAUUGGGUCGUCCUCUGGAUUAUCAAGAAAUGAUAGGCCCAAUCGCGUUUCUUAUCAAGCGGGCGCUUGUCCGGCCAAAAUUUGAGUUUGGAUCACAAGGAACUCUUACUAUUGGGGAGCUCGUUGGCAUGUACUGCUACCACAAUGCUACUGAGAAGCAUGAUAAAAUUUAUGCACUUCUAGGUUUAAGUGCCGAACCUCCGACACCAGCUCUAACGCCAAAUUAUGCCUUUCCCUGGGAUCAUGUGUUCAGGCAAGUUAUCAAUCACAUUUUCCCAGAAUGCUCUGUGAAAACAUGGCCUGGAUCAGAUAUAGUGAUUAUCAGAGGCUUGGGUUGGGCUCUAGGCCAUAUUUGCUCGGUGAAACACGUAUCAGACUUCGGCCAGCAGAAAGUGAAAGUGUACCUGAAUGACACAGCCCGGUUGUUCGGUUAUGAAAGCCAAUGGGAAGCUGGUUGGGAACUUCAAACUUUUUUUGCACAGGUCUUUAGUCCUGGGGAUGUCGUUUUCCUUCUGCAAGGGGCUUCGAGGCCAAGUAUCAUUAGGCUUUGCAACGAUCAUCUCAGGAUAAUCACUCCCGCCGUAACCCUUUGCAAAAACCGCCUUAGAGAGUCCUUGGAAGGAACAGGUCAGGAAUGGCAUACACCGGGUGGAUCCCAUGAGGCCCUAUUGGUUGAGUCUUGGCGUGAAGCAGAGCUCCUUGAUAUGGCCCCAGCCUAUCAAGAACAGUCCUUGGAGGCGGAAUAUAGACGAAACAAUAUUACCCGAAUCAUGGCAGGCGUUGCCAUGGGAGCAUUGGCCUUAAAAAAGCCAGAAUAUGAGGAUAUAGCGCACUUGCUCGUUUUGAGUGGUACAGAUGAUUCAAUUGCUUCACGGUUGACUAAGGCUUCCGCAAAGAAUAUUCGACGUUUUCCUGACACGAGCAUGCAAAGCCUCUUUUCAAGUGAGCAAGACGAUCUGUCAAUCUCCGAGGAAAUGGUCACGGCAGUGGCAGAGAAUGAUGGACCAUGUGGCUAUAAAAUCAUGGAGCUCCUUUUUCAGCUUCAAGGGUCCAGUCUUCCCAUCUCUGAAGAAGUGGUCGAGGCAGCAGCAGGGAACUCUGGAAAGCAUGGAGAUCAGGUUAUGAAGACUAUCUAUCGCCACCGUGGAGAGUUCUUCCCGAUUUCCGAAGAGGUGGUCAAGGCAGCGGCAGGGAAUACUGGAAUAAAGGCAACCAAGAUAUUAAAGCUCCUCCUCAAAGCAGAAGGGGAAGCCAUUCCAAUAUCUGGAGAAGUACUCAAAGCGGCAGCAGGAAACCGCUCAAUUUAUGGGUUCGAGAUUCUAAAGAUUAUCGUUCACCAUCGUGGCCAAAAUCUCCCGGUGUCUGAAGAUGUGAUUAUAAACGCAAUGAAGAAUUAUAAGUGGGGAUACGACAAUAUACAUUAUCUCCUUGAAUGCUGCGAUAGAAAAGUUCCAGUUUCUGAGGCACUGCUUAAGGCAGCAGUAGCAAGGCACGUGAGGCUUCUGAGAUUACUUAUUGAGCAAGGAGAGGAAAGCCUUCCAGUCUCUGAGGAAGUGGUUAAGGCAGCAGCAGGAUGUGUUACUGGGAAUGAGUCCCUGGAAUUACUCCUUCAAUAUGGAGAGAAAAGUAUUCCAAUCUCUGAGGAGGUGAUUAAGGUAGCGGCAGGAAAUGAGAUGCAUGGGGAUAGAAUCCUGGAAGUACUCUUUCAGUACGCAGAGGGAAGCCUUUCAAUGUCUGAGGAGGUGAUUAAGGUAGCGGCAGGAAAUAUAAGGUCUGGGGAUAAAAUCCUGGCAUUACUAUUUCAGCAUGCAGAGGGAAGCCUUUCAAUCUCUGAGGAAGUGGUUAAGGCAGCGGCAAGGAAUGAAAUAUCUGGGGACAUAAUGCUGGAAAUACUCUUCCAACAAGAAGGGAAAAGGAUUCAUAUGAGUGAGGAAGUGGUCAAGACAGCAGCACAGAAUGAGGGCAGUGGACCUGCACUUAUGGAAUUCCUCUUCCAACAGAAAGGAGAUAAACUUCCAGUGACUGAAGAAGUGGUCAAGGCAGCAGCAGAGAAUGAGGACAGUGGACAUAAAGUUAUGGAGAUCCUCAUCCAACAGAAAGGAGAAAGACUUCCAGUGACUGAGGAAGUGGUUAAGAAAGCAACAGGAAAUAAGUGGUGUGGACAUCAUAUCAUGGAGUUACUCUUUCAACAGAGAGGGAAAAAAGUUCCAGUGACGGAGGAAGUACUUGAAGCAGCAGCGGAGAAUACUCGAUGCGGAGCAAAGAUCCUGGAAAUUUUGCAGCCAAAAAGAAGCCUUCAGACGACGGUCACCGAAAGUCCAGAAGUCCCAGAGAUUUCGGAAAGUGCAGAGAGGUCAGACAGUUCGGAAAGCUCGGAAAGUUCGCUGUCAUCGGAUGAAUUGGGCGAAGAAGACCAGAGUGAGAUAAUAGUAUAA